UGAACCAGAAACGGAUAAGAACUGAAUUACAAAGAAACAAGGCAUGAGACUUAUCCAGUCCAAUUUCUGUAGAAAAUCUGGUGAUGUUAGGCCUCCUCUUGCUUCACCUAGUCUCCAUUUCUCCUUGUUUGGGAGUUCUGAAUUGGCUAGCAAGCAGUUGAACCAUCUCGGAAGCGUGAAACCACAAAACUGGGGUUGUCAACUAAGUUCACUUUCUUCCAAUUUGAGGAAAGGUGCACCAACUGCUUCACUGAAACUCGAUGUUCAAACUGGCCGAAACUCGGGUAGUCAACUGAAGCCACGUUUUUCUGAGAUGAGAAAAGGUGCACCACCUCCUUUACUAGUUGGUAUGAAGAAUGUUCAAAGUACAGCUACCAACAGUUUUUGCAAGGAUCAUGGAGUACAAGAGAUUAGCGUGCUAAAUGAUUAUCCAAUACUUGCUGAUAAAGUGGUAGAUAAAGGGGAACCUGUCAUUCUUAGAAGUGUAAGCAACAUGAAGGAUCCUGAUAAUACUAGAAAGGGCAGCUCUGUUGAUAAGAUAACCAAGUUGAACAUCUCGAGAAGUAUGAAGUCCUCCUUACCGGCUACGAGAUCAAUUCCGAGUUCAAAGGAUCAUACCUGUUACCACACUUAACUCUGAGAAGCAGACCCUGCCUAAUCUGUCCAGCUUCAAAAUUUCAAGG